GAGGGAGGGGGUGAAAAUGGCGCCCAGCUCGAAAUCGGAGCGGAACAGCGGGGCCGGGAGCGGCGGCGGUGGCCCCGGGGGAGCCGGAGGAAAGCGGGCAGCGGGGCGGCGGCGGGAGCACGUCCUCAAGCAGCUGGAGCGGGUCAAGAUCAGUGGGCAGCUCUCCCCUCGCCUUUUCCGGAAGCUUCCACCCCGGGUCUGUGUGUCCCUCAAGAACAUUGUGGAUGAGGAUUUUCUCUAUGCAGGACACAUUUUCCUGGGCUUUUCCAAGUGUGGCCGCUAUGUCCUCUCGUACACCAGCAGCAGCGGGGACGACGACUUCUCCUUCUAUAUCUACCACCUCUACUGGUGGGAGUUCAACGUCCACAGCAAGCUCAAGCUGGUCCGGCAGGUGCGACUCUUCCAGGACGAGGAGAUCUAUAGCGACCUGUACCUAACUGUGUGCGAGUGGCCCAGUGAUGCCUCCAAGGUCAUCGUCUUUGGCUUCAACACGCGCUCUGCCAAUGGCAUGCUCAUGAACAUGAUGAUGAUGAGUGACGAGAACCACCGCGACAUCUACAUCAGCACCGUGGCCGUGCCACCACGGGGCCGCUGUGCUGCCUGCCAGGACGCCAGCCGGGCCCACCCAGGGGACCCGAGCGCGCAGUGCCUGCGGCACGGCUUCAUGCUGCACACCAAGUACCAGGUGGUCUACCCUUUCCCCACCUUCCAGCCCGCCUUCCAGCUCAAGAAGGACCAGGUGGUGCUGCUCAACACCAGCUACUCCCUGGUGGCCUGUGCCGUCUCUGUCCACUCUGCAGGCGAUAGCAGCUUCUGCCAGAUCCUCUACGAUCACACCGCCUCCCCCCGGGCCCCGCCCGCCCCCCCUGGGCCCCGGAGCCCAGAGGUGUCACCCACCUUCCCCAGCCUCUGCCCUGAGACAGCCCCCAGCCGGCCCUCUGGGGCCCCUGAGCCCUCCCCUGCCAUUGCCAAAGCCAAGGAGUUUGUGGCUGACAUCUUCCGCAGGGCCAAGGAGGCCAAGGGCGGGCCCUCCGAGGAAGCCCGGCCGCCCCCCUGCCCAGGGCCCUCCGCCCCCCGCUGCCGCCCGGCCCCUGAUCCCCCAGCCCCAUGCGGGGAGGCAGUGCCUAGGGACAGCCCCCCUGCUGCGGAGGCCCCUGCCUCUGAGCCAGGCUACGUCAACUACACCAAGUUGUACUACGUGCUGGAAUCCGGAGAAGGUGCCGAGCCAGAGGAUGAGUUUGAGGAUGACAAGAUCUCCCUGCCCUUCGUGGUGACUGAUCUCCGAGGCCGCAACCUACGGCCCAUGCGGGAGCGGACCGCUGUCCAGGGCCAGUACCUGACGGUGGAGCAGCUCACGCUGGACUUUGAGUACGUCAUCAACGAGGUCAUUCGCCAUGAUGCCACCUGGGGCCACCAGUUCUGCUCUUUCAGUGACUAUGACAUAGUCAUUCUGGAGGUCUGCCCAGAAACCAACCAGGUCCUCAUCAAUAUUGGCCUGCUGCUCCUGGCCUUCCCCUCGCCCACUGAGGAGGGCCAGCUCCGACCAAAGACUUACCACACCAGCCUCAAGGUGGCAUGGGACCUCAACACAGGCAUCUUUGAGACAGUCAGUGUGGGCGACCUCACUGAGGUCAAAGGGCAGACCAGUGGCAGUGUCUGGAGCUCGUACCGCAAGAGCUGUGUGGACAUGGUCAUGAAGUGGCUGGUGCCCGAGAGCAGCGGCCGCUACGUUAACAGGAUGACCAACGAGGCGCUGCACAAAGGGUGCUCACUGAAGGUCCUGGCCGACAGCGAGCGAUACACGUGGAUCGUGCUGUGAGGGCCGGCCUGCCCUGGACACUGACUCCAACUACCUCCGCGGCCUGGGAGCUGGCCGCCUUCCGGGCUGGUCUCUUCCUGGCCGGCCGCCGACCGGCACUAGUGUUAGGCUGCGGGAAGGGGGCUGGGCGGGGCAGCCCCUGGUGGCCUGAGAGUCUGGACGCUCUUUUAUUUAUGCCUAUUUAAGUUGGGAAGGGGCAGAGGGAGGGAGCCCCUGCCCCACCAGCCUCAAGCGCCCACCUUCACCCCGAGCUGGGCCAGCCUGGCUCCUCGUGCAUCUGCCCCUUUUCUUGGCUGCAGGGUGGACCUGCCCACCCGAGGCUGCCCCCAGAGCGGGACCCUGCGAGCCGCCCCACUUGUUCUCUUCAUGUAGUAAAUGCUUUAUUUCUGAA